AUGUCCAUGUACAACUGCACCUUACCUUUAUUAGCUGGCAAAGGCCAUUACCACUGCCCUGAGGGGGAAGCCUGUCACAAUUUGACAUUAAACAGUAGCCAUAUUGAUUUGGAGGACAUAUGCUUGUCCGAAGAGGAUUAUCUGGAGAAAUAUCUUGGUCCCCAGCGAUCCACUGUAUUCCUGCCUGUAUGCCUCAUCUACUUGCUUAUCUUCUUAAUUGGCGUAGUGGGGAAUGUACUCACGUGUACCGUCAUUGUACGGAACAAAGUGAUGUGGACACCGACAAAUUACUACCUCUUUAGUUUGGCAGUUUCAGAUCUGCUGGUGCUGUUGCUUGGCAUGCCACUUGAAUUAUAUGAACUAUGGCAGAAUUACCCUUUUCUCCUAGGAAAAGGUGGUUGCUAUUUUAAAACGUUCCUCUUCGAGACAGUGUGCCUAGCUUCCAUAUUAAAUGUCACAGCUCUUAGCGUGGAGAGGUACAUCGCAGUAGUGCAUCCGUUACGUGCCAAAUAUGUCGUAACACGUACUCACGCUAAAAGGGUGAUCCUGACAGUCUGGGGGGUGUCCAUUUUGUGCGCAAUUCCAAACACAAGCCUUCACGGAGUCACUACUCUUCAUAGACCAAUGAUCAACCCAGACGGCAAUGGUUUCGUAGCUGUCGAGAUACCGGACACUGCGAUCUGCACGUUGGUGAAACCGCGUUGGAUCUACAACUUGACCAUCCAAAUUACCACGCUGCUCUUCUUCUGCCUGCCCAUGCUCACCAUUAGCGCCCUCUACCUGUUGAUAGGGUUACAGCUGAAAAGGGAGAAGCUGAGGCAAACACUGGAGUCGAAGUCCGGGUUUGGGCAAGACAGCUUUUGUAAUGUCCGAACUCAGCAGCAGAAGGCACGCCGGCAGCAAGUCACCAAAAUGUUGUUUGUGUUGGUGGUGGUGUUUGGGAUCUGCUGGGCCCCCUUUCACACCGACCGCCUCAUGUGGAGCUUCAUCAACAACUGGACAGACAGCCAUUUAGAAAUUUUCCAAUACGUUCAUGUCAUCUCCGGGGUGUUCUUCUAUCUGAGCUCUGCUGUCAACCCCAUUCUCUACAACCUGAUGUCAACUCGCUUCAGAGAAAUGUUCAAGGAGGUCAUGUGUCACCGGCCUCAUCACAUGACACCCAGGAAACACUCGCUCAGCGUUACCCGGGUUACCGUCCGAAGCACCCUGAGCGACGUCCCUCUCAGCAAUGGGGCGGCUAUAGUUGAAGUGGAGGAUGGAGAGGUGAGGGGCAAAGAUGAAACCAGUUUUUCUUUUUAG